GUGGUGAAGCUGGUUCGGGUGCUGGUCGCAGUGUUUGGCCCGGAGGCCGGUUCACUAUGAGCGCGCUGGGGGUUAUGGUGACGGACAGGCCCGGGAGGAUGUCGUGGCGGUGUCUGGGUGACAGCGGCGGGCGGUGUUGAAUCCCCGGACUGUGUUGGUGCUGCAGCCCCCCGUUAUAGCCAGUCUGUCAGCCGGUGUCCGCGCUGUGUAACCCCCCCAGAGACCCUCACACCGCCCGGCUCUGACAUGGCACGGCAGCCGGCACUGCGCCCCCUGGGCCUCGCUCUCUGCAUCAUACUGGCUCUGGGCAGAGGCCAAGCGGCUCCACUUCCUGAAACAGGUGCAGAGGAAGUAUCUGCUAAUGAAGUCCCAUUGUUUUCUAUGCUACUGUCUGUGUGCAGUUUCAUUGCAUUGGUUGUCCUCUUAGUAAGCUGUAUAUCCUGUUGCAAGGAGACGGAAAUAGACUUCAAGGAGUUUGAAGACCAUUUUGAUGAUGAAAUUGACUUUACACCACCUGCUGAAGACACCCCAUCGAAUCAGUCACCUGCUGAUGUUUUUACAUUAACUGUCCCAACAGUCUCUCUCACAGUCCCUACACAGCUACAGUCACCCAAAGAUGUGUCUAAGUCCCAAAUAUCUCGCCAUAGUCUGAGCUACAUUCAGGAAAUUGGUAGUGGCUGGUUUGGAAAGAUUCUUCUUGGAGAGAUAUACAGAGAAAACAGUGUUGCAAGAGUUAUUGUGAAGGAAUUAAAAGCUAGCUCCAAUACAAAAGAACAAGAACAAUUUAUAAAAAAUGGAGAGCCAUACAGCUUUCUUAAUCAUCCUAACAUUGUGCAGUGUCUUGGACAGUGCCUGGAAACCAUGCCAUAUCUCCUGGUUUUUGAAUUAUGCGACUACGGUGACCUGAAGUCUUAUUUAAGUAAUGAACGAGAGAGGCUGAAUGGAGAAGCUGAAAUUAUGUUGCUUCAACGUAUGGCUUGUGAAAUUGCAGCUGGACUUGCCAUCAUGCACAAGCACAAUUUUGUACACAGUGAUCUAGCCUUACGAAACUGCUUUGUUACAUCAGAUUUAACAGUAAAAAUAGGAGACUAUGGAAUAGGACUCAGUAGAUAUAAGGAUGAUUACAUUGAGACCUCUGAACAGAAGCGAAUUCCAAUUAGAUGGAUGGCUCCUGAACUGGUGACAUGCUACCAAGAUCGGAUCAUUGUAGCAGAUCAAACUCGACCUAGUAACAUAUGGUCUCUUGGUGUCACUCUUUGGGAACUUUUUCAUAACUGUACAACACCUUAUGAAGAGCUUUCGGACAAUGAAGUCUUAACUCAUGUCGUAAAAGAAAAAGAUGUUAAACUUCCAAAACCUCAGCUAGACCAACCAUAUGCGGACAGAUGGUUCGAAGUUUUGCAGUUCUGCUGGCUACCUCCUGACAAACGGCUUACUGCUGAAGAAGUCCACAGACUACUCACGUACCUCCGUAUGCAAAGCCAGAAGGAGACCGAAGUAGACUUUGAACAGCGUUGGAAUUAUCUUAAGCCAAACACGAAUAAUCGACAACCGUCAGCAAAUAAUCUGGCAUUUCCAAUCUUAGAACACUUCAGUGGCGAUGAACUAAGCCAUGAACUGGAUGAAGUGCUUACUGUAACUGAAACUAGCCAGGGACUCAGUUUUGAGUACGUGUGGGAGGCAGCCAAAGAAGAUCACUUUGAAGAGCACAGUCAAACGGACUCUGAUCACACGGUGAAUUAUAAUAGUAUAUUUUUCCCUGUGCCUGUAGAUGUUUUGCAUAAGCCUGUUUCUGACCUUGGUCAAGGAAAACGGGAACACGUCAGCAGAGAUGAUACCCUGGCUGUCCCAGAGGUAGUGCCAGUAUUUGAUGCCCACAAUGUUUCUGUAGCAAAUGAUUAUUACAUUCAGUUAGAGGAGCAAGGUGAAAGCAAUUUGGACUUUGAUAACCAUGCUCCUGUUUCUAGAGAACUUAAAGGGGAAAAUUUGCAAUUCAUUGCUCUCAAUGAUCUUCAUGCCGGUAGGAUAAAGAUGAAUCUCUCACCAAAAAGAGUGGAACAGUCCAGUAUUCCAGAAUAUCUGCAUGUAUCUAGUCGUACAAAUGUUCCAUUCAAUAAUGUAGUCCAGGACUUGGAGAUGACAGAAACUCUUCCAAGUAAAAAAUUAGAUUGUGAUAUGUCCGGACAUAAUGGCAUCUUUUCAGAUUCUGAGUCUUCUCAGCGAUAUUUAAAUGUUCGUCCUAUUGUGGAUGGAAAGCAGAGUUUAGAGACUGAAAACUUUCCAUUAGGGGAUAUUACAGACUUGAAUCUAGAAUUACAGAAUUUUGAGGAACUUUCAGAAAAUUUUCUCUUCCUUAAAGAGAAGAAUUUAUUGUCAAAUAAUAUAUCCGACAACGAUCCUUUGUCUCAACAGUCAGCUGGCUUGGAGAGAAACAGUUCAGGCAAUACAUUUAACAAAUUGCACAGAAAUAGUUUGGACUUUGAGCUAAAAUUGGCUGAACUGAACACCUCUUUACUUGAGAAAUCAAGUCCUAUUUCCUUGGAUAAUAGAUUAACCAAGGCAAAUCUCACAUCACCUGAGCGGACGCCGACUUCAUCAGUCCCGGAAAGCCCAGAUCUUAAUUCUGAAAAGAUUUUUAGUUUUUUCAGGGCUUUAGACUCUGAUUCAAGACCCAAUUCAAGUACUGAAAGUAUACAUGCAAAUCUUCAGUCUGUGAGCCAGAAAGAUGGUUUGAAAAACUUAUUUGAUUCUGGUAACCACAUUUUUGUGGAUGAAACUAUUGAUUUGUACGUAUCAUCUGACACAGAAAAUAUUCAGCAAAGUAAAGGUGGGCAAGGUUGCCUUGGCUCUAUAGAAAAUUGUACUAGUCUAAACAAUGACAAAACUGUAAAGAAUGUAAAUGAGGAAUUUGUUUCAAAUAAAACUGCUUCGUCUGAUUCAGCAAGUCAAGAUAGCCUUCUGGAUGACAGUAUAUCAAACUUUACCCAAUCGUUGGUGCCAUCCAUAGGAACUCCAGACUCUCUAGACUCAUUAGAUGUUCAAAAUGUUUUAGAAUCCUUAGAAACAGAGCAUACACAUAAUGUGCCAUCUGACAAACCUGCAGAUAGUGGGUAUGAAACUGAGAAUCUGGAAUCUCCAGAAUGGACCUCUCAUGCGAAUACUAUGGAAAAUUCUGAUGAGAGGAACAGUGUCUCAACAAUUGUAACUCCAACUAUUGUCAUCUCUGAGGUUACAGAAAAUGAUUUUGAAAUGGAUAACGAUCAAGAUGAUCUGACUCAGAGAUCUUCAAAUGGUGGACGAAGCACUUACCGGGACUCUGCUUACUUUUCAGAUGACAAUGAAUCUGAGAAAAAGCCUGAUAUAGCUACAGAUAUAUCGGUUUUGCCAGCCAAAAGUCCUGAAAUGGAUACAGCUUUUGUUGCUGAAGUGAGCAUGGUUCACAUCCACCCAAGUCAAUCAGUAGAAGAAGAGCAAUUGGAAAAUAGACAAUCAAGUCCUGGUAACAUUGAAGAGCUGGGCCAGCCAGUAGAGUGGGAUGGACUUGUGUCUGAGAAUUUAGAAAAGAAUGACCAAAAACCUUUUCUACCAAAUACAUCCCUUGUUAUUGACAGCACUUUGGAUGAUGGGGAAGAAGAUAUUGUCAAUCCAUUUGGACCUUCAGAAGUUGUUUGUUCAAUGGAUUCAAUUAAAGGUAACUCACUCUUCAGUCACAAUGAAGGCCAAAAGUUGAAAGAACCAGAUAUGGAGGGGAAAUAUCUUGGUAAACUGGACACAUCAGGGCUUAUUGAUUUGUCAGAGGAUGGAAUGGAUGCUGAUGAGGAAGAUGAAAACAGUGAUGAUUCAGAUGAUGAUAUUAGAGCUUUCAACCUGCACAGUUUUAGUUCAGAUAGUGAUGAUGAAAUAGACCAUCCAGUUCCUGUAGUUUACAUGGAAAAGGACGAUGGAAAGAACUUGAAGAGUUUGAUCAAAAGGAAUAAACCUACAUCAAAUAAACUUGCAAUCAAUGAGAAAAAGAGAAAAAAAGCAGUGUGUUUUUUUGACGACGUCACAGUUUAUGUGUUUGAUCAGGAAACUCCCACCAAGGAUCUUGGAUCUCAUGUAGUUGAUAAAAAUAGUCAAAUGUCAAGUAAUAACAGCCCUGUCUCACCAUCAAUGCCAGGCUUCCUUCACAGAUUUACAAACUCUGAAAGCUCCACUGAUGAAGAAGGAGGGGGGUUUGAAUGGGAAGAUGACUUUUCUUCACCUGAUCCUUCAUUUCUUAACAAACCAGCACAGAACCUAAUUGGUACCAAAAUUUCUGUUAAUCCUUCAAAAUACUUCUCACCUCCACCCCCUACUCGGGGCCCUGAUCAAAAUUGGACACACUCCUCUUAUUCGCGAUUCUCUAUUGCACCAGCAAAUAUUGCAAGUUUCUCUCUUACACAUCUAACUGAUUCUGAUAUAGAACAAGGAGGUAGCAGCGAGGAUGGAGAAAAAGACUAAGAACCUAUGUUUUCAAGCAGGUGCUGGGGACUACUUGCUUUGUGGAAACCUACAAAUACUUGACUUUUUUUUUUUUUUUAAUGAACUCUUUCGAAAAGAGAUCUUAGGACAUAAAGCAUGAAUACUGUGACAGAAGUGAACAUUUACAGGAAUCAAUGUUGUAAAUUUUCUUUAUUAGUACUAUAAGUGCAGUCAACUUCUUUCCAAAAUGUAUUUAUAUGUUCCUGCUUUAAACUACUUGAAGCAUCCUUCAGAUUUUAUUUUCUUUUGAAGGGGGCAAAAGGUUAUUUUUUUUUAUUUUUUUGAGACUGAAUUUAAAGCAUUAAUGCUGUAUCUUAGAAGUUGAGAUUUUUUUCAGUUUAUCCCCAGUCUCCUUCCCUCAAGUAGUCUCUAAUGUAGUUAAACUUUAGAUUUGCCAUUUAACCCCUCUGAGAACCAGAUGGGAUGAGCAAAGGUUUGCAAUGCCAGUGUUGCUUCACCCCACUGCCCUUUGAUGGGUUAAUAUGUCUGCUAAUGAAAUAAAGUGUGUUUUCAGUGAUGUUCCCUGUAAAAAAAAAAACACUAUAUAUCUUGCUCUAUUGCACUGUGUAAUGUUUCUUGCAUAUCUAUACCUGUACAGAGAUUUUUUUUUUUGUAUUUAAAUAAUGGACGAAGGGGUUAAACACUGCUGACAUGAUUUUUAACUGUACAAGGUUGUCCAUGCAUUGAAAGGGUGUUCAAAAGCUGCUCCUGGGACUUGCAAUCUCAGCUUCUCAUAUGCUGUACCAUUGUUUUUUUAAU